ACCCGAGCCGAGCCGGGCCCGGCGCGCCAGGUGCCCGCAGCCAUGCUGACCGGCCGCGCCACGCGCACCUGUGCGCUCCUCGCCCUCUGCCUCCUGGGCGCUGGGGCCCAGGAUUUCGGGCCGACGCGCUUCAUUUGCACCUCGGUGCCCGUGGACGCCGACAUGUGCGCCGCUUCCGUGGCCGCUGGAGGCGCGGAGGAGCUCCGGAGCAACGUGCUGCAGCUCCGCGAGACAGUUCUGCAGCAGAAGGAGACCAUUCUCAGCCAGAAGGAGACCAUCCGCGAGCUGACCACCAAGCUGGGCCGCUGCGAGAGUCAGAGCACGCUGGACGCGGGUCCCGGGGAGGCGAGGGCGGGCGGCGGCCGCAAGCAGCUUGGCUCCAGCAAGAACACCAUGGGCGACCUGUCCCGGACACCGGCCGCGGAGACACUCAGCCAACUCGGGCAAACUUUGCAGUCGCUCAAAACCCGCCUGGAGAACCUCGAGCAGUACAGCCGCCUCAAUUCCUCCAGCCAGACCAACAGCCUCAAGGAUCUGCUGCAGAGCAAGAUCGAUGACCUGGAGCGGCAGGUGCUAUCUCGGGUGAACACGCUGGAGGAGGGCAAGGUGGUCCCCAAGAACGACACAGAAGAGAGGAUCAAGAUCGAGAGUGCUCUGACCUCCCUGCAUCAGCGCAUCAGCGAGCUGGAGAAAGGUCAGAAAGACAACCGCCCAGGAGAUAAGUUCCAGCUCACAUUCCCGCUGCGAACAAACUACAUGUACGCCAAGGUGCGGAAGAGCCUGCCGGAAAUGUACGCCUUCACUGUGUGCAUGUGGCUCAAGUCCAGCGCAGCACCUGGUGUGGGCACACCUUUCUCUUAUGCUGUGCCUGGCCAGGCCAAUGAGCUGGUCCUCAUCGAGUGGGGCAACAACCCCAUGGAAAUCCUCAUUAACGAUAAGGUGGCCAAGCUCCCCUUUGUGAUCAAUGAUGGGAAGUGGCACCACAUCUGUGUCACCUGGACCACCAGGGAUGGGGUCUGGGAAGCCUACCAGGAUGGCACCCAGGGUGGCAACGGCGAGAACCUGGCUCCUUACCACCCCAUCAAGCCGCAGGGUGUGCUGGUGCUGGGCCAGGAACAGGACACUCUGGGUGGUGGAUUUGAUGCCACCCAAGCAUUUGUGGGCGAGCUGGCCCAUUUCAACAUCUGGGACCGCAAGCUGACCCCAGGGGAAGUAUACAACCUGGCCACCUGCAGCGCCAAGGCCCUCUCUGGCAAUGUCAUUGCCUGGGCAGAGUCCCAAAUUGAGAUCUACGGUGGAGCCACCAAGUGGACAUUUGAGGCCUGUCGCCAGAUCAACUGACCGCUUCUGGCCAGGGCUGAGCCCCAGGUCCUGCGCCCACCCACCCUGCUUGUGUGGUGAUGAUCCAUCGUCUCUUCUUUCCCUUCCCCCAGGAAUGAAUCAAGGCAACAGCCCCUGCACACACAUGCGCACACAGCCUGGUUUUAUCCUCCUCAUGCACACAAAGCAGUCCCGACUCUCCUCUGUCCCUGAGGACACCCCACUUCUCCCUAGGAGCCCUGACUGUUUCCCAGGCCUGCCCUGACCACAGCUGAGCAGGUAGCAGCAAUGUUCUGAACAGUGCAGGUGUAAGAGAGAGAAGAAGAAGGGGAGGGAGAGGGAGAGACAGGGAGAGGGAGAGAGAAGACACUUGGGCACGUGUGUGUGUGUGUGUGUAUCCGGAUGUGUGCCUGGGGGAAGCUUUUCUUUUAGAAUGAGGCAUUUCAUUGCCUCCAUUCUUUGUGGUUUAGGGAAAUCUCAGAAUGGGUCAGAAGUCUGUUUGCCAACUUCAGCAUCUGCCUGCGUGCAGCUCCUUCAGCAUAGCAUUUGUCUUCCUUUGCAGACCUCUUUCAGAGCCACACGGCUCUCUAUUGACAUCCUAAAUGUCUUUCUGUGGUUUGCUAAGGCUGGGUGGACCUUUCCACGAAGGAUUUUUAUUUGGCAUUAGAGGCGUGCUCUGAAGGUUGAGGCUAGCUCUGCUGGGACAAGACACCUGCUAGCUCCCACGCGCCUGCUGCAGCGGAGGCGGCCUGGGCCUGGGGACAGCCUACAGACAUUCUAAGUGGCUCUGUCCCUUGCCUUCUCAGCUCUUUGUACCCUUCAAGCCUGGGCCCUGUCACACCCUUUUAGCCACUGGUGCUGCCUCUGGCAGUGGGAGAUCAGAGGCUUCCAGCAGGGGCCUUCUGGAUGAGGGACCCAUGUGCUGAUUAAGACCCAUCCCCAAAGGCCCUGGGGAACUUCACCCAGCCAUUCCAUGGGAAGGACAUCCCCAUGGCACUUUUGACAGCCAUAUUCCUCCCCACAUCCCCAGGUCCCAGGUGGCCAGGGCUGGGAGACCCCUCCUGUGGAGCCAGGCUUGGCCAGAGCAGGGGGCCUAGCACCCCUCUUGCAGCAGCCCCCAACCUGCCAUUGGCCCACGACACUGACUUGUGUCCAGAAUAUUUGGCUCCUUUUCCCCCCCCAUGAAAAGCAGCAUGAAUAUUUCCUUCUAGUCUUUCUGCAGAGGGGAGAAAAAGGUGUGCAUGUAUGUGUGCGUGUGUGCGUGUGCAAGUGUGCGUAUGUGUGUGAGAGCAAACACUCCAGAGGUCAUGACCAGGAUAAGGUGAGCCCCUGCUUUGUCCUGGAUCUGCUGGACACACUGAGGAUAACCUAGACCCUCUGCCCAGGAGUCUAGCUUUGGCAAGGCUGGCAAGUCCUUCUAGAAAUCCUCUGUGCUGCCUGGCUCAUCGGCAGCAGCAGACACCUCUUCAGAGGCAGGUUGUGUGCCUGCUGUUCCUUCCAGGGGCACCUGUCUCCUCCAGUGCAGGUCCAUGGUGUGUCAGAAACCUAGUGCAUCUGUGUGUGUCUGUGUCAGUGUCUCUGUGUUGCUGUACUUGUGGGUGCCUGCACGGUACAGGUCGCCACUCUGCAAUGCAUCACUCUUCAGAGAGUGUAGAUGUGGCACCAUGCUGCGUGUCGUUGUUCAACAGUGGCUUUUUCUUAGAUAAUUGUGCUUCCUCAGUGCCGUCAGGUUGUGGCAUCCUUGGAUCUGCAGGGAUCUUCUCUGUUUGCAUGUUCCUUGGGGUGGCGUGUUCCUUGCUCCCUCGGUCCGAUGUGUGUUCCCCUGCCUGCAUGGACUUUUCCAGUUCUAUGUUGUGUGCUGAGUGCCACCCAGUGUUCUGUGACCACCCAUGUAGCUACCGAAAAUGUCUGGGUAAGCAAGCCAGGGGUGAUGGAGGGGGUUGAGAGAGAGGCCAGUGUCCUUCUCCCCCUCCCCACUCCCCAAACACACCAAGAAGCAUCUCAAACAUGUAGGUUGAGAACAAGCCCCAAUGAUACCGUGGUUGGGAGAGAGCAAGAGAGCUUGGAAUCACCUUUCCGGACUGGGUUGAGCCCCACCUACGUGGGAGCCAUUCUUGGCUCAGCCCAGAGCACCUGUGCCCAAUGCGUUCCUGCUGGCACCUGCCACCAGCCCCUGCCCCUGCCGAUACGGACCCCAGACCACCACCACUGCCAAGUGGCAAGGUGGGACCUGUCCGUUCAGGACCACAAGCCAUCCUCUGCCCUAGCUAGAGAGGGCAGAGCACACCCCGGAUGCUUAUGCCUAGGACCCUGACCCUCCAGCUUCCUGGCCCCUUCCCCAUCCUUCUGCUGCCCCCUGGCACACCCAUGGUGCCAGGGACAGAAACUGACAUUUAGCUCCCACCCCACCCCUAACUGGAGUCUGUGCCAAGCCCCUCGACUCCCUCACUGUGUUCAUACUUGGCACUUUGCUGGCCCCGAGAAAGGUAGAUGACAGAGCAGCAAAUCUAAUCCACAUAGUUCCCAUUGACUCCUUAAUCUGAUUGAUGUUCCCUCUUGCACUGAAUAAUACAUGCCUCUCUCAGGUAAGCCAUUUUAUAAAAUAAGAAGAUAAAAAAGCACUGUCAAGACAGUGUUUGCUUUUGCCGAGCUGGUGUCUGACAGCUCCCUGGGGGUCCUGGGUGGGAGAGCUGCCACGGAGGCUCCCCAGGCCCUGGGGAGCUUAGAUCCCACUUGAAUCGUAAAGCCUUCUUGCUUUUGAUAACACAGUAUUAUUUCUCUUACUGUAGAAGAAAAAGUUUAUUACCAAACAAGAGUAUUUUUAUGAAAGAAUAGGACAAACCUAUAAAUUAUCUCAACCUAUAUUUCCCUUGAAAACACUUUCAGGCUCCACCAAAAUGUAGGACUGAAAGCGUGUAUUUUGGAAGAAAGAGAUACAUUUUGUAUGCUUUCUUUUCCUUUUGUAGAUUCCCAGUUUGUUUUCUAGACUGCAAAGAUCACUUUGUCACCAGCCCUGGGACCUGAGACCAAGGGUGUCUUAUGGGCAGUGAGGGGGAGGGAAGAGGCUGGCAUGAGGUUUCCAGUCCAUCCAGUGAGGGACCACCUGUUUUGAAGGUGUGUUGGGGACCAGGAGGCCUAAGAGGCCGCUCUGGGUGGGCCCUUUGUCUGGAGCCGAUGGGUGAAAUGGAAUGGGCUGAGGAUUUGAGUGUCAGUUCCAACCUGGAUAGAAGCAGUGAGCUAAGAGGACCAAGGCCUUUGUGAUCUUAUGGCCACCAACAUGUGGCCUGAAGGAGUACCAGUUUCGUCUCUUCAAACACAGCAUGUAAAUUUAUUCCGCCAGCGACGGGAAAAACAUCGCUCCUGUGCACAGUGGACUGAAGUACGAUUAAUUAAAAGGGAACAUGUCAUUGAGGAGAAAAAAGCCCAAUACUUAGAGUCCCAAUUUUGUCUUAUUUGCCAAAAAAAAGCAACCCCCCUAAAGUUGAUAUUGUUAUAAUGUAUAUACUGUAAAAUAUGAAAGAGAAUCGAUGUAUCUUACUUUUUCAUUAUUUGCUAACCAAAGCUGUACAUUUUUCAUACAAUCUGCAGCCUUUUGGGUAUCAAAUGGGUCAAAACCUGCCACCUCCCAUCAGCAAUUCUGGAAAUGCACUAUUUCUACUGGUAUUCUUGCUUUCUUUCUUUUUUCUUUUUUCAUUUUCUUGCUGAAAUGACAUGAAUUGUUGAGUUUAUUUUUACACAGUAAAGAGUGAAGAAAGAC